GAUAAUUACCGGUGGUUGUAUCACAUCACGCGCAGCAGCAGCAGCCAGAAGCAGCAAGAAGCAAGAAGAAGAGGCAGCAGCAGCAGAGAAACUCGCUCGUUUUUGGAUCUAUAUAUAUAUAUAUAUAUUCGCCGAUAUAUAUAUAUGUGCACUACAGCGCAUUGGCGAAUUUUCGGUCGCCUUUAAUUUGUUUGUGUUUUUUCCGUGUUCGCCACCGCAUGUGCAUGCAAUUACGUGUGUGCCGCGGCAAAAGACUAUAAUUAUAAAACUAAAGUGAAAAGCGUGCCAUAAUUACGCGAGCGAAUAUCAAUAAGUGCGCGCGAGAGCAAUGUGCGAAAAGUGCUAACGAAGCACACAGUAGCAGCAGUCGAGAAAUCAGAGUCACAUUUCCAUUUCGAGAGGAAAACGCAAGGAAAGCCCCCUUCAACAUGAUCGAUGCGGCCUGCAACUACUUGAAUCCCUACGCGCAGCAGCAGCAGCAGACGCAACAGCAGCAGCAGUCGCAACAGCAGCAGGCGCAACAGCAGCAUCAUCUGCACAUGCAGCAGGCGCAACAUCACCUGCACUUGUCGCAGCAGCAGCAACAGCACAUGCAACACUUGCCGCAACAGCAGCAGCAGCAGCAGCAACAACUGCAGCAGCAACUGCAACAACAGCAGCAGCAACAGCAACAGCAGCCGCAGCCACAUGACUUCCUCAGCGCCGCCGCCCUGCUGUCCGCCCCCUCGUCCCUCUCCGGCUCAUCGAGUUCCGGCUCCAGUUCCGGCAGCUCACCCAUCUACGGCCGUUCCGUUGGCAAGCCGGCCAUGAAGCUGGAGCUGCCCUAUCCGCAGGCCUCCUCCACGGGCACCGCCUCGCCCAACUCCAGCAUCCAGUCGGCGCCCUCAUCGGCCUCCGUCUCGCCCAGCAUCUUCCCAUCGCCCGCCCAGUCAUUCGCCUCCAUCUCGGCCAGUCCCUCCACGCCCACCAGCACCAGCACUUUGGUGCCACCCACCUCGGCGGGCGGAGUGGGUGGUGGAGCGGGAGGGGGAGCGAUUGCGGGAUCCACAUCCUCGUCGCCGUCGUCCUCAUCGGCGGCAUCUGCGGCGGCGGCGGCGGCAGCAGCGGCAGCCGCAGCAGCGGACCUAGGAGCAGCGGCGGUCGCCAGUGCCGCCUACGGCUGGAACACCGCCUACCCCGGAUUGGGAGCCCCAAGAAGUCAGUUCCCGUAUGCCCAGUACGCCUCCGAUUACUACGGCAAUGCGGUGGGCAUGUCCUCCUCGGCGGCCUGGUUCUCGCACCAGGAGCGCCUCUACCAGCCCUGGAGCUCCCAGAGCUAUCCGGGCUUCAACUUCGACGACAUCGCCUUCCAGACCCAGCUGCAGCGGCGCUCCGUUCGCUGCACGUGCCCCAACUGCACGAACGAGAUGAGCGGACUGCCGCCGAUUGUGGGUCCCGACGAGCGCGGUCGCAAGCAGCACAUCUGCCACAUUCCCGGCUGCGAGCGGCUGUACGGCAAGGCCUCCCACUUGAAGACCCACCUGCGGUGGCACACCGGCGAACGGCCCUUCCUCUGCCUCACCUGCGGCAAGCGCUUCUCGCGCUCCGACGAACUGCAGCGGCACGGCCGGACGCACACCAAUUACCGCCCAUACGCCUGCCCCAUUUGCUCCAAGAAGUUCUCGCGCAGCGAUCACCUCAGCAAGCACAAGAAGACCCAUUUCAAGGACAAGAAGAGCAAGAAGGCCCUGGCCGCCGAGGCCAAGGAGCAGGCUGCCGCGGCGAUAAAGCUGGAGAAGAAGGAGAAGAAGGCGGGCAAGCCGCCACUCACCCCGCCCGUGGAGUUCAAGCAGGAGCAGCCGGAGCAGACGGCACCGCUGGUCAACUAUGCGCCCUAUGCGAAUCUCUACCAGCAGGCCACCUCCUCAUCCGCCAAUCCUCCACCACCACCGCCGCCACUCUUCCAGCAGCAUCAUCAUCAUCAUCAGUCGUCGUCGACGACGACGAGCUACGUGGAGCCAUGGAGCAGCCGUGCCAUACAACCAGCCACUACCUCAGCCAGUUCAUCCUCAUCAUCCAGCGCCGGUUCGCCGGCGGCAGCGGCCGUCGUCUCCGCCACCGGAUCGGCAUCUUCCCCAGCCGCCUCCGCCACGGCGGCACUGGCCCAGCAUCACUAUGCCGCCCUGGCCAUGCAGAGUGAGUCCCAGCUGGCGGCGGAAUACGGGCUGACCAUGAGCGGACUGGCCAGCGGGGCCAGCCAGGACUCCAGCUCCAGUUGCCACAUGAAGUCCGAGUAUGCGGCCAGCUAUCCGGCUGAAUUUGGAGCGGGCACCGCCAGCUACGGCUAUCCUCAUCCGCAUCCACACCAUCACAACGCCUGGGCAGCGGCCUAUCAUCCGCAUGCCACCGCCUAGGAUUCCUAAGAGGGAUUCCCCCCAGAUUGUUAUACAGUUUAAAGUUGAAAAACAAAAAUGCCAUAAAGUCCCGCAACCCAAAAGGCAACAAAGCAAGCGUAGAACGAACCUCUAGUGUGUGUUUUUUUUCAGUGUUUAUUGUUGAUAUAAAAAUAUAUGUGAAAAUCGAAAAAAAAAAAAUCCACAAAUA